AAUGUUAUAUGAAGAUAUAACAAUAUAUGAUACCAUGUUUGAAAAAAAAGCACGAAUCCAACCAAUUUGGUACCUUUCCAAAUGAAUCUAUAGUGAGACAUAGAUUGAAGAAGAAUGAGCUCUAACCUCUUAGCACUACACAAAACUCCACCACUUCACAAUAUCUCCAAAACAACAACCCCUUUAUACCAAAGAAUCUUCAUCCCAACUCAUGUCUAUAGACACCCAUCAGCAAUUCUCUUAGAACUCUGCACUUCCAUGAAAGAGCUUCAUCAAAUACUUCCCCUAAUCAUCAAAAGUGGCUUCUAUAAUGAACACUUAUUUCAAACCAAACUUGUUAGCUUGUUCUGCAAAUUUGGUAGCAUAAAUGAAGCAUCUCGUGUUUUUGAACCUGUUGAACAAAAAAUUGAUGUUCUUUAUCAUACUAUGCUUAAAGGGUAUGCAAAAAACUCUACUUUAUGUGAUUCUUUGAAGUUUUAUAAUAGGAUGCAAAAUGAUGAGGUUAAGCCUGUUGUUUAUGAUUUUAGUUAUUUGUUGCAUUUGUGUGGUGAGAAUUUGGAUUAUAGAAAGGGUAGGGAGAUUCAUGGAAUGAUGAUUGCUAAUGGGUUUCAGUCAAAUUUGAUUGCCAUGACUGCUGUUGUUAAUUUGUAUGCGAAAUGUAGAAAGAUUGAUGAUGCGUAUAAGAUGUUCGAUAGAAUGCUGCAUAAAGAUUUGGUUUCUUGGAAUACGGUUGUUUCGGGGUUUGCGCAGAAUGGGUAUGCUAGAAAGGCUUUGAAUUUGGUUUUGGAUAUGCAGGAGGAUGGUCAGAAGCCGGAUUGGAUUACUUUGGUUAGUGUUUUGCCGGCUGUGGCUGAUAUUAAGGGUUUGAGAAUUGGUAUGUCGAUUCAUGGUUAUGCUAUUAGAUCGGGAUUUGAAUCUAUGGUUAAUCUUUCAACCGCACUUCUUGAUAUGUACUUUAAGUGUGGGUCGGUUGAGACUGGGAGGUUGGUUUUUCAGAGGAUGAGCAGCAAGACUGUUGUUUCGUGGAACACCAUGAUUGAUGGUCUUGCGCAGAAUGGCCAAUCUGAAGAAGCGUUCUCAACUUUUUUGAAGAUGUUGGAAGAAAAGGUGGAGCCUACAAAUGUUACUAUCAUGGGUGCUUUGCAUGCUUGCUCUAAUUUAGGCGAUCUUGAACGGGGGAGAUUUGUUCACAGAUUAUUGGAUCAGAUGAAACUUGGUUCUAAUGUUGCAGUUAUCAAUUCUUUGAUAUCUAUGUAUUCGAAGUGUAAGAGAACUGAUAUUGCAGCUUCGAUAUUUGAAAAUUUGAAAGGGAAAACAGAUGUCACAUGGAAUGCCAUGAUUUUAGGUUAUGCACAGAAUGGUUGUGUAAAUGAAGCUUUGAAUCUAUUCUGUACGAUGCAAUCUCAAGGCAUUAAACCCGAUUCCUUUACGUUUGUGAGUGUGAUUACUGCUCUAGCAGAUUUAUCGGUCACCCGGCAAGCUAAGUGGAUUCAUGGACUUGCAAUGAGAACAAAUAUGGACAAAAAUGUCUUUGUUGCUACUGCUCUCGUUGACAUGUACGCAAAAUGUGGAGCCAUCGAAACUGCAAGAGAGAUUUUUGACACAAUGGAUGAACGGCAUGUGAUAACAUGGAAUGCUAUGAUAGAUGGAUAUGGAACACAUGGCCUUGGAAAAGCAGCUCUAGAUCUCUUUGAUGAUAUGCAGAACGAAGCUUCUAUUAAGCCAAAUGAUAUAACGUUUCUCUCUGUUAUUUCAGCAUGCAGUCACUCAGGUUUUGUGGAAGAGGGUCUCUACUAUUUCAAAAUCAUGAAGGAAGAUUACGGCUUGAAGCCUUCCAUGGAUCACUAUGGUGCCAUGGUGGAUCUACUUGGUCGUGCCGGCAAGUUAGACGAUGCUUGGAAGUUUAUUCACGAGAUGCCUAUCAAACCAGGGAUUACUGUUUUUGGUGCAAUGCUAGGUGCUUGCAAAAUUCAUAAAAAUGUCAAAUUGGGCGAGAAAGCCGCUGACAAAUUAUUUGAGUUAAAUCCGGAUGAAGGUGGCUAUUAUGCACUGCUUGCAAACAUGUAUUCCUCUGCUUCAAUGUGGGACAAAGUGGCCGAGGUGAGAACAGCCAUGGAGAAAAAGGGUCUCCACAAAACUCCCGGUUGUAGUUUGGUUGAAUGGAGAAACGAAGUUCACACGUUCUACUCAGGAGGUACAAAUCAUCCUCAAUCGAAAAGAAUCUACGCUUAUCUCGAGACUCUCGGAGACGAGAUCAGGGCUGCUGGUUAUGUUCCUGACAACGAUUCAAUUCACGACGUGGAAGAAGACGUGAAAGAACAAUUGGUUAGUAGCCAUAGUGAGAGGCUUGCUAUUGCAUUUGGACUUUUGAAUACAAGACCUGGUACAACAAUACAUAUAAGGAAGAAUCUAAGAGUUUGUGGUGAUUGCCACGAGGCAACGAAGUACAUUUCACUUGUAACUGGUAGGGAAAUUAUAGUACGCGAUUUACAAAGGUUCCAUCAUUUUAAGAAUGGAAGAUGUUCUUGCGGGGAUUACUGGUAAAAUGAUUGACGCCAUUGUUACUCUCAUAGACGAUUAUAGAUUUAUAGUGCCCUGUUGAAUCAGUGGCCUGUAACUAUCAGAUUCAGUUGUAUAAUUUUUUAGGAAAUAUGCAGUUUGAUCCUGAAAGAUGUUCAGUUGUAUUUUCUUGGUCCUCUGAAAUUGUUAUCUAUUCAAUUUUGUUGCACAAUAUUUUAUUACUCAAUUUGUAAAUGACUGGGCUGGUGGUGAAUCAUCUAUACAUUGGUCGGUGAAGGCAUACAUACACAUUCACCGUGAACACAAUAGGGAAGUUCCUCUUUUUCGCAA